UAGAGAGUCCCAGCUUGUGUGUCAGUCUCCUUGAGGUGGUGGCCGGCGAGGAUCAGUUUUAGUAGUUUUGCGGUUUCUUAUUUCCUACGACAUGUCUUUCUGCUCCUUUUUUGGUGGGGAGGUUUAUAAAGAUCACUUCAAAAACGGAAUCUAUGUAUGUUCUAAGUGUGGAUAUGAGCUAUUUUCCAGCCGUACCAAAUUUGAACAUUCAUCCCCUUGGCCGGCGUUCAGUGAGACCGUUCACGAUGACAGUGUGUCCAAGUACUUAGAAAGGCCCAAUGCGUUUAAGGUCUCAUGUGGAAAGUGCGGAAAUGGACUGGGUCAUGAGUUUAUAAACGAUGGCCCAAAGAAGGGUCAGUCGCGCUUCUGAAUAUUCAGCAGCUCGCUUAAGUUCGUACCCAAAGACAAUGUUGAUGGGGGAGCAAAGCGAAACUAAAAAAACUGCAGAAGGCCUUAUGUCUCGGCAGGCCUGAGCCUUUCCUGAUGCGCCAUCACUGGAUGAAUCACUCGAGAUAAAACCGUUAAGGACGUCUGGGGUGAGGAGCUGUAUGUGAUGGUGUCAGAUGUGGUGCGAAGUCUCUGCUGAGGAGCCUAUAGCUACACCUGUAAUUUAAUCUGAUUCACCUGCAUCAUUUUAUUCAUCACCAUUUUUUGGGGAUUUUAAACCAAAUAAAAAUCAUAUAGGAAAACAAAGCAGAGAAAGGGCGCCUCCUAGUGUAGCCAAUAAAUCACAAAUGGAGGAUGAGAAAAAGAAACAUAUUAACAAUGUUGAAAGGCAGAGAUAAUGCCUAGGAGAGUGUGCUGGGAACUUCAGUGUCCCAGUAAACUGUGCACCGUGCCGUGGCUGCUCCUCCCAAAAUCAGAAAGAUCUGUAGUUUGAAAAUAUGUGGAAAAAGAGGGCGACCCCUAGUGCAAAUCAAUUAUGGAGAUAUACUGAGUAUCUACUUAUGAUAA